CUCUGCGCGCUCCCGUCGGCCUGGGGAAUAAUAUGGGAUAUCUGCCGACGGAGACCCGCCAGGCUCGUUUCGCGCGCGGGCAAAGAGCGGCGGACGCCGGGGCGCGCGUGCGGAGAGGCUGAUCCCGCCGGUUCCUGAUGGCUUCCGGCCGCGGAGACGAGGAGGGGAGCGCGGACGGCGCCGCGUGGAGGCUCGUGGGCCGAGCCUCGGAGCUCGCCGGGACGCGCUGCCGCCUCAUGUACUCCUCCCUCGGCCGCGGCUCCGACGUCUGCCUCUUCUACGUGAAGGGCGAGUUUUUCGCCAUGGACGCCCGCUGCUCGCACUCCGGCGGCCCUCUGUGCGAGGGGGACAUCGAGGAGGCUGAUGGAGUCCUGCAGGUCUUCUGUCCCUGGCAUGAUUAUAACUUCGACCUCAGGACUAGGAAGUCAGGGACGUCCUUACAGGCAGAAUGUUGGUGGAAAAACCUAGUGCCAAGUAGUUAAACCAGCCUUUGGCAGCGCCAGGAACCAAGUGAGCUCCUCCUGUAGCUGAGGAUCAGACCUGCACAACGUCCAGGAGGAAUUUUGGAGCAUUCUUCCCACAGAGCAGCUCAGACGUGUUUUUAGGACGUCUGGUGUGAAUAAGUCCCUUGAGGUCAUUUUGCAGCAUGUGUCGGGUCCAACUGGUUCUGACCGAGACACCGCAAAGGGAACACGUUGCACCACUACAGCCAGUCGACGCGUGGGGUCCGAGUUUUGUAACACAGCAGUAAGCCUGAUGUCAAUGCAAACGUGUGUCUGUCUUUUUCAGCAACAAGUGCAUGAGGUGAAGCUGGAGGACGGCAGCGUGUACGUGAAGCACCGCGGGCGCCUCUCUCUGCAGCCCUUUGCUGAGGCUCAGGCGAGCUGAGACCUCACUCUGGCUGUUUUUAUACUUGUUCCACGCCGCGCUCCUGAGCCUUAUCUGUCACUUUCACAGAACCGUCGCUGCUCUCAUUGCUGUGAACUCAGGGUGACAUCGAGGGGAUCGUCUGAAGGGGACGUGACAUCAUUUCUAAGGCUUCAGAGCUUUUCAUGCCGACCUCACACUCACCACCCGCUGAACGAGCUGCGAGCUGGCCACGAAUCUCCAUUAGACCUGAAACAGUGGCAGAUAUGGGCCGUAAACAACACUGGUACUAAAAAAGCAAUUUAGCUGUUGAUGAUAUCUAAUCAUGAUGAAUAUUUUAAUAUUAUCAAAUGACUUGGCCGUUAACGUUAUCGCUGGUCAUUACAUCUUCGUCUUCAUUUCACUUUUCAAACUCUUCAGUCUCUCAGUGUUGCUGCACACGAAAUCUUCAAAAUGAUCUCAAAUAGUUUUAUACACUACAGUAGCUUUAAUGGGAUAGAUUGAAAUCAGCGUUGGAACAGUCCAGGUUCUGCUGAGACUGUGCGUGUAAAGCUUCAACUCAGGGAAAGGGUCUGUAAGUGUGUUGACUUCCUUUGACUGCUAAUUAGGAAGUAAUCGGUUUCACGCUCAUCGAAGCCUCAUCAUUUUUCAUGUUUCAAGUGCUACCUGUAGCUACUAGGGAAGAUAAACUCCCCUUCAGAAUUUCUGCAGAUUUUUUCUUCGGCUAAAAAGAGCUGGAGCAGAGAGAGCGCGCAUGAAGGGCGCUGCAGUUGCGGCCGUUGUCUGUCCCCGCGUUAAGACGCCUCCAUCAGCGUUUCUGUCCGUUCCUGGCCGGUGCACACGCAGGUCUGUUACUGACGCAAUGGGAUUUAAAAGAAACACUUAGGACGGCGCCAGAGGAAGGUUCGUGACCCAAAAUGCACCAGUGACUCCAGAAAAAUGUGUUUUUCUAGCUCUAUGCGUGUGUACGGCAGCUUGGUUUUCCUGCAGACACACAGAGCUCAGUGAUGGAGGCGUCAGUGCCAGUGUGGCUGCUUCCCUCCCUGCCGUGUCCCCCGUUGUGGAACUUAUAAUAAGAAAUAAUAAUAAUUCCACUGGUUAAAAGUCUCUGCUUCAGGGACCCGAGUCUUAAUGUCUGCAUUAUAACUCAUCACCUGCAGGUCUAUGGCCACACACACAAAUAUGUCUAGGACUCUACUCUAUAAAGGUCAGCAGUGCUUAAUCCUAUGGGACAUUAAUGGAACCAGCAUUCAUGUCAGCCUUUGUUUUAAAUUAUUUUAUAUUCUGCUUUAACUGAUUUAACUUGUUUUUCACCUUUUGUGUUUUUGUUUUUAUGUUAAAAUAUAACCUGUGCACAUUUAUUGUUGUAACCUAUCUGUGGUAAUUUAUUAUAUAAGUUGUUAGCAGUAUUUAUUAUUUUAAGCUAAAAAUUGUUUUCUUUUGUAUAUUUGAAUUAGAAAUUAAAUAAUUGUUAUAAUCUUUGUA